GGUCCAGAGUCGUCGGACUAUGAGCCCAUAUAAUGGUCGUCGGAGCGUGAGGGCUACUCUCGUAAAAGGCGCGUGGGAGAAGACAUAAAGCGACGGAGCAGACUCAAUUUUUUUUUUUCCUCCUCUCGCAGCGCAGUUUCACUUCGGAGAAGAAGCAAAGGAAGUAGAUCAAUCUCAGCCGUAGUCAUUCUCCAAUGAUCUGUUUCUGGAGUGAGAAUUUCAAAAAACCCUAAUUUGAACCUUCUCGAUUUUGGAAUUUUUCACAUGGGAGAACAAUCUCCUUCUCAACCAUCGACUCAACCCCAAAGUCGACCACAAUCACCCAAACCCCAAACUCAUAACCUAAUCCCGCCGGAAUCCACCGUCGAUUCAGCCGGAAUUUCAGGCUCAAUCGUCUCAUCUACCACAAUCGACGCUCAACGGAUCACUGAAUUAGGCAAUGUGUCGUCUCCACCAUCCAAAAUCCCUCUCCGUCCUCGGAAAAUUCGGAAGCUUACACUCGACGGAGACAUCGCCGAUGAAGACUACAAGGCGGAGGAUAUCUCCUCUCAGGUAACCUCGCCGCUCGCGACGGCUGGAAAAUCACCCGGUAAAGUGAAACCAUCGCAAUCACGAGCUAAUAAUGUGCCGCGGAUCCAAGCUCGGCCUCUCACAUGCGAAGGCGAGCUCGAAGCAGCUAUUCACUAUCUUCGUAACGCGGAUCCGUUGCUCGCCGCGUUAAUAGACGUUCAUCCGCCGCCGACGUUUGAGUCGUUUAAGACUCCGUUCUUAGCGUUGGUACGGAGUAUACUCUACCAACAGCUUGCUGCUAAAGCUGGGAACUCAAUCUACACACGAUUUGUUGCUAUCUGCGGCGGCGAGGAUGGGGUUGUUCCUGAGAAAGUCUUAGCCUUAAGUCCACAGGAGCUUCGUCAAAUCGGCGUCUCGGGAAGGAAGGCGAGCUAUCUUCAUGAUCUCGCUAGAAAGUAUCAGAAUGGAAUCUUGUCGGAUUCGGCGAUUUUGAACAUGGAUGAGAAGUCUUUGUUCACUAUGCUAACGAUGGUUAAUGGAAUUGGGUCAUGGUCUGUUCAUAUGUUCAUGAUAAAUUCUCUUCAUAGACCAGAUGUUUUGCCGGUUAAUGAUCUCGGUGUUAGGAAGGGAGUGCAGAUGCUUUAUGGCUUAGAUGACUUGCCUCGGCCAUCGCAGAUGGAGCAGCAUUGUGCUAAGUGGAGACCCUACAGGUCAGUGGGUUCUUGGUACAUGUGGCGGCUCAUGGAAGCUAAGAGUACACAAACGAGUGCUGCUAUGUCGUUGCCGCCUUUGGAAGACUUGCAACAAGAACCUCCGCAGCAACAGUUGGACCCUCUUAGUAUGUUCAGUAUCGGGGCUUGGGGACAAUCGUAGUCGUUCGUCCACAUUGUCGUCUUUAUUCCUGGAUGCUCUAAUGGCUUACGUGAGUACGUUUGUUCUGGACUUGGGGUUGUGUCUCUAUUAAAAAAAGUGUGGGAGAAAGAAUAAAAGGAACUGUUUUAUGACUGAGUUCCCUCAGCUGAAAAGUACCAGUGAAUAUGAUAUUUUUAGUCAGUGACAGAGCCUGUAAUGUUAAGAGUGAGUAUAGCUAGUGACAAAGUGUCUUCUCCAUUUUUGUAGGAGAACUUCCUCUUUAUUUCUAAAGCAGAUGCACAUUUCACUAUUUCAGUAUAGUAUCUUCUAC